UCGUUCCCCACCUUACUAGACUCAUUGUCACUCAAGUCUCGCUUCAACCACAGUACCAGUGCCAUUAUUGUAUCGAGCCUGGCCUCAUCUGUCGAAACUGAAUGCCAACGUGCAAUAUAUGGAAAACUUGAUACUCUGUCACCCGAGGGCGUCUUCUGGUCAGGAUCCCAAUCAAGCGAUAAUAGUCAAAUGUGAAGUGCCACAGACUAUUCCUAAUGAUCAUGUCCUGCUAGAAGUCGACCGCUUCGGUUUCUCCACAAAUAAUAUGACAUAUCAAGCUUUGGGCGAGGCUUUGCACUUUAGGUAUUUUGAAUUUCACCACGCUCCAGAGGCAGAAGGAGCCUCUUCAAAAACUCACGGUGUGACCCCCGUGUGGGGUUUUGGUACCAUUAUCAAGUCCACACACCCCAAAGUUCAUACUGGAGAAAGAGUGUAUGGAUACUUCGCCCCAGCACGAUAUCUUUUGCUCUCAGUAUCCCCAGACGUGAACAAAUAUGCUUUCUUUGUGCCCCGACCUCAUCUUCCUCCAGACCGCCGACCAUACAAUCAGAUUACGCGGUGCGCCGCGGACCCGUUAUAUGAUCCAUCGCCAACUGCGGAAGAUCUCACAAUGCUCUAUCGCCCUCUUUUCUGGACUUCAUUUUGGUGCGAGGACUGGCUCAAUUCGUCCAAUUACAAGGGAGGGUCUACUCAUAUCCUUAUAUCUUCUGCCUCUUCAAAGACUGCCUUCUGCCUGGCCUAUCUGAUUCGCAGGCGUAACUCUCUACAGGGGAGUCCGACAAGACGGGUAAUUGGACUCACGUCAACGAAGAAUCUCGCUUUUACGAAAUCUCUUGGCCUGUACGACCACACUUUUGACUAUGUAUCAUUUGAUACGUCACUCGGGAACCUCCCACGGGGACAUUGGAUAUAUGUAGACGUUGCAGGUAAUGAUGCACUUAACGCCAGAGUGCGCGACCAUUUUCGCGCGUGUGGCGACUCUGAACUCGCCACAUGCAUUGCGCUCGGCUUGACGAACAUAUCAGCUUCUACAAUCGAACCUUCGUCUGCUAGCUGGGGUUCUGAUUCAGACGUCUCACAGGGAAUUGACCCAAAACUGGAACAUUUUUUCAUGCCCGAAUGGCUUUCUAUCCGCAAGCAGCAGCUUUCAGUUUCUGCCAUCGCUCAGAUGCAGAAGGAAGCUUGGACCAUGCUUAUGUCCGACUGUGGAACCUGGAGUGUGACACUCCGGCGGAUUUAUGGUCCUGACCAGGUGAAGGCUGCGUAUGAAGAAAUAGUCAGGCGUGGGCUAGUGCCGGAGGAUGCGUUCGUAUGGAGUUUAUGGGGGGAGACCAGGGAGUAUGGUUUGAAGGUGAAGUUGUGAGGCUUCUUGAACCACAUCUCAUCGUUAUCUGUACCAAAACGUGUUUUGUCGGAGCCUGAUGCAUCUCAGAUCUCAGGAGCCAUCUCAACGAGACCAUUGCGAAACCUACAUAACCCACUCCUUGCCCACUCCCCCAUAGUAGCAGAAAUAUGUAAAAGCACGAGAAUGCAGGCUUUGAAGCACACUUGUUCAAGGUCAAAUUUGGUGCCAAUCACCCUAAUUAUGCUGAACGUCACACAUCGGGGAUUUCAGCAGUUUAAAUGUUUACCUCUUGCAAAAUUCCAAUCAAAAGCAGAUCUGGACCUGGCUAGAGCGUUUUAGA